AUGGCUACAGAAAAUAGAAAAAAACUCAAAUGUGAUGGUUGUACAUACAAUAAAACACCAGCUCCUACUACAAUACAGACGUCCCGAGAAAACCUGUCUACAUCGUAUUGGUCAAGAAACUCAAAUAGUCUUCCAGAUCUCAGUCAAAUAAUUACUAGUGAUAAUUUGCAAGUAUUAAAAUUGGAAUUGAUGAGAUUACAAACAGAACUCAACAUAGCUAACAAUGAAAUUAAAAACUUAAACGCAAUAAAUACAGAACUAAAUAAGAAAAAUCAGGAGCAAGAGAAAAUUAUAGAAUUAUACAAAACUAUAAAUGUAGACGAAUUAAAUCCUAGCAAAGUUCUAACUAACUCAUACCAUCACAUUGAGGAACUACUUCAAAAGUUAGAUGACGGGGAGCUUUCAGAAGAUGAUUUAGAAUCAGAUGGGGAGGAUAUCCCUUACUACUCAACUCGUGAAUCGUGGACUGCUGAGCUUGAACACAGCGAAGAUCAAGAAGAUGCUGUUGAUGAAGAAAUCGUUUCUGAAGACCCACCUUUGGUUCAAGACAAUAUUAAUACGUCACAAUCCCAUGGCUCUCAACCUAUUUUUUGUAUGAUAAAUUCUAGAAAUUUAGUUUGGAAAAAACAGUCUUUGAUUUUUGAUGAAGAAAAGAUAAAGUUUGGUGGUUCUCGUUAUCUACCUACUGAUGUACUACACUUGCAGACUCCAUAUCAAUUUUUGAUGAAGAAAAGAUAA